AUGUCUUUCAAAGUUCUCUCUCUGCUCCUCGCUUCUCUGGGCUUUGUUUUGAUGGAAGAGAACGUCUCGGGCGUAAGUUUAAGGACUCCCAGUGCCAAACCAGUGCAAAGACGCUACUCUGAGGCCACCCUGGCAAGCGAUUACAGCCGCACGAUGGACAACAUGCUGAAGAAGAACUUUGUGGAAUGGUUGCUAGCCAGACGGGAGAAGAAAAGCGACAACAUCAUCGAGCCAUACAAGAGGGAAGCCGAGCCCCAAGUAGCCGCUGUGAAUGGCCAAAAGUUGGACCUGGGCACUCAGGAAGCCAAAGAUUUCUUCGCCUGGCUUCUGAAAGCCAAGAAAAAUCAGAGUUUGACUUCUCUGGAAGGUACAGAAAGUUUGAAGGAUGUUUUGAACCAGGAAUUUCUGACAUGGCUGAUGUCGACUGAUCUCUGCAGACCAAC